AUGAUCAUCUUCACUAUAAUCGGACUCGUUAUAGGCGUGCCGCUCUGCAUCUUCUACCGUAACAGCCAGGCCGCGAAGAGAAAGCUCUUCGCGUGUUGCUGUCCACAGAGAUUGGAAGAACUGGCCGAGGAGGAAGAGGCGAAGAGACAGGCGAAAAUCGCGGAGCCGAGACCGUGGGAGCUGCAGCAGCCGGGGAUGAAAUUCUCUCUAAAGGGCAGCGGCAGAGGGGAGGAGGAGGAGGAUGGGGAGGAUAGCGACUGGGCGAUGUCAGCGCAGGGGGGAGUGGCGCGGUCGGUUUCUGUAGAGGCUGCAGCGCCAGGGAGGGGGGUUGCGGGCGGGCAGGGCGUGCCCAGAGCUGUGUCUGCGGAAGCAGCCAUACACGCAGGGGACAGUCAGAGAAUGCUGCCAGGGGCGGUAGGAGCAGGUGGUGCUGGGGUGGGCGGUUUUUGUGCAGCAGGAGCAGCAGGGAGAGCGGACGGGCUGACCCGGGCCGGCCCCAGAAGCACUGUGCAAUUCAUGAGCGGUGAUGGCCGAGGCGAGAUGGAACACUAUGGCAGGAGGAGGGAUGAGGACGAGGAGGAGGAGGAGAAGGAGGAUAUGACCGGGGCUGUGGAGUAUGAAUAUGAUGAUAUUGACAUGGACUCGCCUGGGGGGCAUGGGGAUGCGUAUACAUCAUACAGCCAUGGCAGGAGCGGCAGCGCUGCUGCUAUUCGCCAGCCGCCUCGCCACAUGCCGGCACCCACACGCGACUACGAUGACGAGGAUUCGGACCCGGAUGACGUGGAGGAAUACACUCCUGUGAGGGGGCCACGUCAGCAGGGGAUGUCCGGGCGGCAUGACUAUGAGUAUGACUCGGGACCUGGGAGAGGGAGGGGGUUGGGAAGCGGAAGGAGGGUGGGGAGUGGGCGGGAAGCAGGAAGGGAUGAUGGGAGGGAGGAGGCACGGAGACCACUGCACGCGGCACGGGGUGAUGAGAGAUACGAUUCGGACGAGUCAGAGGACCUAUAUGACGAUUGA